UUAAGGGAAGGAUAUAAGGAAUGGAGAAGAGGGAGGAAGAUAUCGCUUGCAGUGCCAAGGGAUCGAAAUUCCCUUUAACUUUUUGGGAGACGACGAUAGCUGUGGGUGUCGUUGUUAGUUUCGGUUUGGGACUUUUUGGUGUUUAUUACACAAUGCCUGCCUCCGAUUAUAGCUUCCUCAAGUUGCCUCGCAGUCUUGAAGAUCUACAAAUUCUCAGGGAUCACCUUGAGAUUUACACAAGCGAUUACACAGUACAGGUCCUUGUGGGGUACUUGACAGUCUACAUUUUCAUGCAAACUUUCAUGAUUCCAGGAACUGUCUUCAUGUCAUUGCUUGCUGGAGCUCUUUUCGGAGUCGUCAAAGGUGUGGCUCUUGUUGUCUUUGCUGCCACUGCUGGUGCUUCUUCUUGCUAUUUUCUAUCAAAAUUGAUAGGAAAGCCGCUGGUCUUCUCUCUUUGGCCAGAUAAAUUGAGUUAUUUUCAAGCCCAGGUAGCUAAAAGAAGGGAUAGACUACUCAAUUACAUGCUUUUCUUAAGGCUGACUCCGACCUUGCCCAACACAUUCAUUAACGUAGCAUCACCAAUCGUAGAUGUGCCUUACCAUACAUUCUUCCUGGGAACAUUCAUUGGACUCAUUCCAGCUGCUUAUCUCACUGUCAGGGCUGGAAUAGCUCUUGGGGAGCUGCGCUCGCUGGCUGACCUGUAUGAUUUCCAGGCAAUUGCUACUCUUUUUCUGAUUGGGGCUGUCUCGGUCACUCCUACACUGAUGACAAAGAGCAAGACUUGAGUACCCGUGAUGGAAACUCAGCUACUGGUCCUUUGUGAACCCAAUCCACAGCCAACCCAUUCGGUUCCACCAAAUCUGUACAGAUACGAAUCAAAUA